AACUUAUAUUCAUCAACAAUAAUGUCACACACUUUUUCUUCUGAAAUUCACAAGUACGAUGCAUUUCUGAGUUUUAGAGGUGAAGAUACACGAAGAACAUUCGUGAGUCAUCUCUAUAACGCUUUAAUACGAGGAAGAAUUGAUGUUUUCAAAGACGAUGAGCGUCUAGAAACCGGAAAUUCAAUUUCUGAUGAACUGCCAAAAGCCAUAGAAGAGUCUAAAUUUGCUAUAGUGAUAUUUUCUGAAAGCUAUGCAUCGUCAAAAUGGUGUUUAGACGAGCUUGCACACAUCAUAAAGUGUCGAAAGGAAUUGAAACAAAUCGUAAUUCCUAUUUUCUAUAAUGUGGAUCCAUCAGAUGUGCGUCAUCAAACUCAAACUUUUGCUGAGUCUUUUUCCCAACAUGAGGAAAAAUACAAAGAUGAUAUGGAGAAGAUUCAAAGAUGGAGGGAUGCAUUUGCGGAGUCUGGGAAAAUAUCAGGGUAUCAUUUGCAAAAUUACAGGGAUGAGGCAGAUUGCAUCAAAAAAGUUGUUGAAAGACUAAUGUCAGUAUUACAUAUUGAAUCUGAUGACGAUGAUGAUGAUGUCCGUGCCUUCAUACGGGGUAUGGACAAUAACUCUCCAAUUCUUAUCGAUGGAGGCAAAAUGAGUUUUUCGUUGGAUAAGAAGAGGAAGAAAUGUUUUAUGAUAGCAGCAAGGGGACUUGAUAUUGAAUGGAGUCAUAAACCAAAGUAUUGGAAAUGGUUAUCUCACUCUGACUCCAGAUUCACGGAAGUGGCUAAACUCAAGAAGGUCUAUUGGCUUGAAAUUCAAGGCAAAAUUGAUUCUCGAAGACUGUCAAAAAGAACCAAAUAUGUUGCUUAUCUAGUGUUCAAAUUGGAAAAUCAAUUCUAUGGCCUUGAAACUGUUAAUGCAGUUGUAAGAUUUGUUGAUUCUGUGAGUGAAAAAGAUGGGGAGAAACAAGCUAGUGUUGUGCAUUUUGCAGGAGGAGGACCUAGAGAAAUGCUACCCUUCAAAAGAGGUGAUGGAUGGAUGGAAUUAAAAAUGGGAGACUUUUUCAAUGAUGCAGGAGAAGACGGAUAUGUUGAUGCGCGAUUAAUGGAAACUAAGAAACUCGAUGAAAAAAGUGGCCUCAUUGUUCAAGGAGUGGAGUUUCGUCCCGAAUGAAGAAGAGAAUAAUCCUCCUCUUACUAUGCCCUU